AUGGAUUGCAAUUUUGAUAGACGUGGGUUAAAAAUCGAUAAUAUUACAAAAGUGUUAAUUGCCCUACGUUUCUAUGCAAGUGGAAAUGACCAAAGAGUCAAUGGAGAUACAUUAGGAUAUUCACAAGCUUCGGUUUCUAUUGUAGUUAAAGAAGUAUCGGGAUUACAAGCUAAAUGUGGAAAAAAUGGAUUCGGUUUCCAUCAAAUUUACAAGACACUAAGGAACAAUUUUAUUUAA